GCGUCCAGAAUCAACUCAGUUCAUAGACAGCACCAAAGCUCCUUUUGGUUGCUUUGUUAUAUACUUUCAGUCGUACUCUUUUUGGAAGGCUGGAUGGUUUAGCUCAUUACCCACUUUAUGACUUAUGUCGUUUAUGUUGCGAGUUGUCAAAGACCUGCAUUUGGGUUUUGAGUGUUGGUGAUCAAAUUCCUGGAGUGUAUGGACUGCUAGCAUUUCCCCCCUCUCAGGCUAGAAUCCAACUGAAGCCUCUGAAGACCACUGAAGACAAGCAACAUCAGUGCAUCAUCUGUUCACCUGUCAGGAAAAUAUACAACCCCAGGCUCUGGUGUGCCCAUGGAUCACUCCAGCUGGCUCCUCUGCCUGCUCUGUGGUCUGUCCAGUGUCACACUCGUCUCUGGCUGUCACUGUGACAACUAUCCCUGGUCCUCCUGGACUUCCUGCUCCAAAACCUGCAACUACGGCACACAAACUCGACAGAGGUCGAUACGUUAUGAUGAGUACUACAGGAACAAUAACUGUAACAGCUUCUGUGAGAUUCACGAGAGCCGAGCGUGUAAUGUGGAGGCGUGUCCAAUCAAUUGCAGGCUGACUGCGUAUGGGCCGUGGUCUGAGUGCUCCCCGUGCGUUAAAAAGCAGUUGCGGGCAAGGUCAGUAGAGACCCCAGGUCAGUUUGGGGGGGCGGAGUGCACAGAGCCCCUGAUGGAGGAGAGACCCUGUCACUCAGCCAAGGAAUGCAGGAUAGAGGCAGUCAACUGCAAAGACCUGUUCAAGUGUGACAGUGGCAGAUGCAUCGAGCCCAGUUUGGAGUGUAACACACAGAACGACUGUGGGGAUAACUCGGAUGAGCGGAACUGCGCUCGGCUAAACCCGGUGUGCAAGACUAAAAGGAGGUAUACUCCUAUCCCUGGAGCUGAGCUCACCGGAAAUGGGUUUGAUGUCAUGGCUGAGGAGAUGCGCGGUGCAGUCUUGGAGAAUUCCUUUAUGGGAGCCGACUGCACGCUGAACCGGAGCAAAGAGAACAGGGCCAUAUACCGCAUCGCCGCAAACAUUGAGAGCUAUGAACUCAAGGUGGAGUACUUAGAAGAUUUCAAAAAGGAGGACAGUGAUGUGCAGAGCAACUCAUAUUCUGUGGCAAAUAGUUUUUCGAGUGGUCAGUCCAGCAACUCUGGCUGGGGCUUCAGCGUGAUCAUCUUUGGCGGGGGAAGCAGUCGACACUCUAGCCGGCACUCUACCACCAAGACCACAAUUGAGGCAUCUCAAAAGAAGGACUCCAAAUUCUUCCGUGUGCAUCAGGUUCUGGCCACAUCCACCUUUAAGAUGAAAGAGUCAGACUUGUACCUCUCCGAUCCCUUCCUGAAGUUCCUCCAUCAUUUGCCUCUUGAGUACAACUACCCACUCUACAGGGAGGUGUUCCAGCAGUUUGGUACCCACUACUUCACUGCAGGAACCCUCGGGGGGCUGUAUGACAUUCUCUACCAGUACGACCGAGAGGAGCUCAAGAACUCAGGUCUGAAGGACGAGAAUGUAAAUUCCUGUCUCAAAAAGGAGACCUGGGGAUACUUUCUUUUCUUCGGCUCUUCGUCAUCAUACUCUAGCUGUGGCACUAAUAAGAUGACAGAGAAACAUGAAGGUUCCUUCUUUAAGUCGUCAGAGCGGUCCAUCUCCAGAGUGAAGGGGGGGCGCUCAGCAGAGGCGGCAGCGCUGGCCUGGUCGAAGGACCGUGUGGCCCCAGAGAGCACCACCUACACCAACUGGCUCAAGUCCACCAUAGACAACCCCGCUGUACUGGAGUAUGAGCUGGCGCCGUUAUUAAACCUCGUGCGGGGCAUCCCGUGUGCGGUGACUAAAAGGAGGCACAUGGUGAGCGCUCUGGAGGAGUACCUGCAGGAUUUUGACUCCUGUAAGUGUGCCCCCUGCCCCAACAAUGCCCGCCCUGUGCUGUCAGGCACCGAGUGCUUGUGUGUGUGCCAGACGGGCACCUACGGCUCUAACUGUGAGAAACGGGCCCCAGACUACACUUCAGAGGCCGUGGACGGACGCUGGAGCUGCUGGAGCGCCUGGAGCCCCUGUGACGUCGACCUCAAGAAGCACCGCAGCCGGCAGUGCAACAACCCCGCUCCCAUGAGAGGGGGCAAGGCCUGCGAGGGCCCUGACCAGCAGACCGAAGAGUGCCCCAUCUCCAUCUUUGAAAAGCAGAACGUUUGCAUAAAUGACGAUGAUUUCGUAAUCGAGGGGGAUCAGACACCGGUGCCCCCAGAGUCCGGCUGCCCUAGACCCAAGCCCCCACCCAACAGCCACCUCAGGAUCAGCAAACGGCAGUAUGACUCUGGCGAGCACGAAGAGUUUCUGUGCUUGACUGGUUUCGAGCUGGAGGGAUAUCAGUACAUCCACUGCCUGCCUGACGGCACAUGGAAGCCAGCCACGGGCAAGUGCAUCAAGAAGGUCUGCGUCAAGCCCUCCUUCCCAGCUGAGAUGACCAUGUCCCCACUGAAGAACGAGUACCGGGUGGGGGAGAGUUUUGGCGUGGUCUGUGCUGGCCAUGGUCAAAGUCCCUCUGGGUCUCGCUAUUACACCUGUACGGCCGGCCUGGCCUGGGAGCCACAGGUCCCUGAGGACAUCCAAUGCCAGGAAGAUAAGCCAUUUGUUCCUGACAGCAGGUGCCCCAGGGGGGAGAAAAUGGAUGGCUCCGGUAAAUGUGUGUGCGUCCCACGGGAGGAGUGCCGCUCAUACAAGGACGAUUUCUGUGUCCUGGAUGCAGCAGCGGACACCUUCUCCAUGAUGUCUUUCUGUGGCUUCCACUCUGGGCGUUGCCAUGGCGACAAGCUGUUCUUCGCGAGCGACGGGCCGUGCCCGAGCGACUUGCCCAGCCAGGACUGGGCCCGCUACCGCACACAAGUGUCUGACAGGAGCGCCGUCCAGCAGGCCUGUGGCUCGGACACCUGUUACGACUGGGAGACCUGUUCCUCAGAGAGGUGUGAGUGCAGGUUUCCGCGUGACUGCUCCAAGGAAGGCGAGCUGGCGUUCUGCGUGAGGAUGCUGAGGACUCAGAGCCAAAGGAGUAUGAGUCUGUGUGCCACCGCCUCCAUGAAGUGCUUAAAAAUGGAGAUUGAGGUUCUAAAGGAGGGCCCAUGUGACAGCACAUGAAUCUGAAUAAACUGCUUCUUGUUUUCAAGUUAUCAAAUACCAUACCUGUGUCAUAUAUGGCAUAAUGCUCCAAAUUAUCUAGGAAAGACUUGUGGGUGAAAUGUGUUGUGUUUAUAUGCAUAAACCGUUUCAAUGAAAGCUUAUGUGUUUGAGUGAAAGUCUAAUACACUAUAUAUACUGUGUCAAAAUGCUUUAUGCAUAUGUCUAUAUGUGUUUUGCCUCUACAGUGUUCAGUGGAUUAUAGCUCUGAAGAUUCCUGUAUAAUAAAAUAAUACUUGUAUUACUGAA